UCCAUUGGGAGCAAUAGUUAGUGUUUAUAUUUCGUUAAUAUUUUUUUUUUAAUAAUUUGUUAAUAAUUAGUUUACCUUGUACUACUGUUUUUAAGAAUAGUUUAAAGUACUCUUCAAACAUGUUAAAAGCUGUGAUACUUAUUGGUGGACCACAAAAAGGAACAAGAUUUCGUCCUCUAUCUCUUGAUACACCGAAACCAUUGUUCCCCAUAGCCGGUCUGCCAUUGAUACAACAUCAUAUAGCAGCAUGUACGAAACUCAAAGAUUGUAGAGAGAUUCUCAUAAUUGGUUCAUAUACCACAACAACUAUGACUCCGUUUGUUAGUGAAAUGCAGAAGGAAUAUCAUGUUAUAAUAAGAUAUCUUCAAGAAUUCACUCCUCUCGGCACUGGAGGUGGACUCUACCACUUCCGGGACCAAAUUCGAGCGGGAAAUCCUACCGCAUUCUUUCUCCUCAAUGGUGAUGUCUGUGCAGACUUCCCACUUAAGGAAUUGUGGGAAUUUCAUGAAGAAAAAUCAACUGCUAUAGUCACAAUAAUGGGAACAGAAGCGACUCGUCAGCAAUCUGUACACUAUGGCUGUAUGGUUCGUGAGCCCAACACAAAGGCCGUUACACAUUAUGUGGAAAAGCCGAACAGCUAUAUAUCCACAUUGAUCAACUGUGGGGUUUACGUGUGCUCGUUACAAGUUUUUCACACCAUGGCUGAUGCGUUUCAAAGGAAACAGGAUGGAUUUUACAAUGGCAAUGGCCAAGGCAGCGCCCACCCUGGCUACAUGUCCUGGGAACAAGACGUUCUGGCAUCGCUCGCUGGGACGAACAAAUUAUAUGCAAUCCAGGUAACAAAUUGGUGGUCACAAGUGAAAACUGCCGGUUCAGCGAUAUACGCGAAUCGUCACUACCUUGAAUUGCAUCGAGAUCGGCUCACCCACGCGCCCUGCAACAUCCUCCCUGAUGUGUUCGUCCACCCCACCGCCGUGGUGGACAGUACUGCUGUGAUCGGACCGAACGUGUCGAUCGGCGCAGGAGUGACCGUGAAGGCGGGUGUUAGAAUCAAAGAAUCUAUAAUAUUAAACAACGCGACAAUACACGAACACACCCUCAUCAUGUAUUCCGUUGUUGGUCAAGAGGCGUCGGUAGGCGAGUGGUCACGUGUGGAAGGGACCCCAUCUGACCCGGACCCCAACAAGCCCUUCGCUAAGAUGGACAACACUCCGCUCUUCAACAACGACGGGAGACUUAACCCGUCUAUAAGUAUACUAGGUGCCGGUGUAUUCGUUCCAGCCGAGACAAUACUUCUGAACUCAAUCGUGUUGCCGCAUAAACAUUUAUCGAGAAGUUUUAAACAUGAGAUUAUUUUAUAGCAUAAUAUAAACAACAUCAGUUAUGGACUGUAGACCAUGACAGAUGUUUGCCUGUUCCACGUAUAACCGCAGGAGAAGUUUAGUCCAAUAAACAACUUCGACCUUGAAUUGACGCGAUGUCAUUGGUCGAGAUCUUGAAUAAUCUAUGGUAGUCACUAUGGUUCGCGAAAAUAUUCCGUAACGUGGAUAUAUAUAUGUAAUUAAGUGGAAUAGUUUUGUAUUAUAAAUAAAUAUAUAUUUAUCAAGAACUGUUUGUAGUGUAUAAAUAUAGCGGAGCUCUCGAGCUAGCUUCUCCGAUUGUUCGUUUUCGUGUAUAUAACCUAUAAAUCAUUAUAAGAAUGUAUAUAACUGGUUUUUGUGAUUUUUUCGAAAUGUCUGCAUGACCAAGCCCUAAACUAAACGAGUAAUAUCGAAAAAUGCUCAAAAGCUAAUAUUGCUUUGUUAGGUUUUUUUUUUAAAUAAAUAGCGGCUUAUUUUGUAUGUCUUCUACAUAACUCGCGCUCUUAACUCAAUGACUUGAAAAUGCUCUUCAGUUGUCUGACCAACAGUGUUAAAGAAAUAUACUUUUUUUUUUAAAUUAACAAUUUUGUUUAUUAGCUAGAAAUGCAACUCUAAUAUUUUUUUAAAUAAUCGUAACGUGUAUUAUUUAUUACACCACUUAAUAUUGUCGCUAAAAUCUAAUUCAUGGUUACUUACACACAUACAUACAUUUAUUAUUAUUAUUAUGUAUUAACCUUGUAAUAAUAAUAAUGUCCUCCAGACCGAUUUCGGCCACGGCGGCCAAUCUCAAGAGAGAUUAGCCAACUACGCAGGAGAUAUUAUAGUGCACAAGUGUGUGCGCAAACACAGGUGCACUCUCUAUUUUCUAACUCUCAUAAUCCGAUGGGACGGCAAUCCGACACGACCGGAAAGAGUUCAGGCGCAGGCCCAACGGCUUAACGUGCUUUUCAAGGCACGGGAGUGUACACACUUCCAACUUCCAGACUCCGGGCUGCUACUGAGAAUUUUUCUGAUAGAAAAACCCAAUAACUUUUUAUUGGCCCGACCUGGGGAUUGAUUGAUUGGCCUUACAUCAAGCCACUAGACCAACGAGGCAGUCAGUAUUAACUUUACCCCAUACCCAUACCGUGAAUAACACUAUUUACCAGUAAAUCUAGGUAUUUACAAUAAAUGAAGACAGAAAUAUAAUUCCUUGUUAGAAUAAGUUUUAGUUUCCAUAAAUAUCGGCCCCUUAAAUUAUUGAAGAAAAUUACUCCUUUAAGUUUCUGAUUUGGUCAUCCGAAGACACUUAAAAAAUGCAUCCCCUAUAUACAGAUUAAAAACGAUAACUUAUAUAAAUCAUGCUAAAGAUUGUCCAUAACAGAUUAGAAUAAAUAAGAAAUAAAUCUCUAUGGUGUUAAAAUAUAUCAUGUGUUUAAAAAUUAAUAUGAAUUUUA